CCGAUAUUUAGGUGACGUCAGCGGCAUGUGUAUCACGUGAUUAAAAGUAAACUUCAGUUCAGUUAAGACUCGCGCAACGAUUCAGAAUAAAGGCUUUACAAAACGAUGUCAAACAUGCACAUUUUGAUCCGGCGAUAUGAGCCUUCUGAUCAAGAAGCCAUUGAAAUGAUUUACCCAGUGGCAAUAAAGGAACACAUCAACCCUGCAUUCCUAUGCGCCAUGACCCAGCCUCUUCACAUCACUAUAAGUUUGUUUAUUUGCAUUGGUGCUUAUCUGCUCGGCGGGUCUGUUAUUCUGGCCCUAAUAUCUGGAGGAGCCUGGGUUGGCCUGGUGUACUUCUGCUGCUAUGAGUUUUACAGUGCCUAUGUCCGGGACAGACUGCGUACGGACAUGAAGGACAUUCCAGGUCACUAUCUCAGCCAUCCAGAUAACUGCUUCUGGGUCGCUGAAGCCGAGAUGGAUGGUAAGCGUCGGAUUUUGGGUAUGGUGGCUGUGGAAGCCAAAGAUGACGGCGACGGAAAGAGGAAUGGAGAGCUUUUACGAAUGAUCGUGUCGUCCACCUGUCGCCGUGCUGGUCUCGGUCAACAGCUGGCUAAAACUGUCGUAGACUUCUGCAAGGAACGUGGCUUCACAAGAAUCAUGCUUUUUACCACUUCUACUCAAAAAGCAGCCGUGGCGCUUUACCAAAAGAUGGGCUUUAAACUGUUUAAUUUUCAAUCUGAGAGUAAUCAAUCUCCGGAGUGGUUAAUCUGGAUGACUCGAGUCAAAAUUUUGUACCUGGAGAAGAUCAUGUGAUCCUUAACUGCUGUUAAUACACCUGACCUGAGCUCAAUAGCAGAAAGUAUGUGAGAGUUGAGAGACAAUAAUGGUCAGAUGAAAAAAUUAUAUGUAGUUUUUCCUCGGUUUUAUAGACAAGGCUUAAGGCUAAGACACAUGUUUGAGCCGUCUCAACUGAAAAUAAACUUGCCCUUACACAUCUUAAAAUAUGGCAGUGCCAUUGAUUUGUCUCAAGAUACAUACCAGUUACAUCUUUUUCUAAGGUAUGUUUAUAAAAUAUGCUUAAACUUCUUAAUAUUAAUUUAACUAAUUCAGGCUUUAGCUAAGCCUUGUUGGAAACCAGAAAGAAAUCUUAAAUUUCUAAAUGACCUAUCAAUGGAAAUGUAGUAAUGUUGACGUUUAUGAAACUUUGCUUAUAAGAGAAAUCAUUUAUUUAGCUCUUUAUAGUUACAAUAGUUACAUAAUUGUACUUUUUAGUAGCACUUUAUAUAUUACACAUAAAUAAAAUGUAAAAGAUUUUUCACUCCUGAAUUUGGAUUGUUGUUCUAGUAAUGCUUUGCUUGUUGCACAAUAGGUAAUAU